AGAUUCACUCAGAUAUGGUUGGCCAACACAAUUAGUUGUAACAAUUCGUGAUCAAUAUGGUGACGCUGUAAUUGUACCUGAUUUAAAAGUUGAGAUAAAAGCUGUACCUGUUGGAGUUAUUGCCAAUGGUAAAUUGAAAAUGCGGCGUACAUCUUAUAAUGAUAUAAAUUCACUAGGUGGAAUGACACCGCCACCUCGUAUUAAUUACGAACCGACUGUUAAGGAAAAAAUGUGCUUCAAAGCAAUAACAUUUAUGAAACCAUAUAGUCAAUAUUCUUUUGAAGAAUUACGGUUUUGUAGUCCAAAUCAAACUCGAGUUACCGAAACUUUGUAUGCACAAGAUAUGGAGGAUGGUACAUUUAGCGUUCAUUGGACACCAAAUUCUGUUGGAAAUUAUUGUUUAACAGUAAUGGUGGAUGGCAUUUCGUUAGAGGAAGUUUAUAGAGUAGAAGUAAAAGAAGGUGGUGCUCCUCCACCGCACAGAAUGGCUAUCAAAACGUCACAGCCACAAAACAAACUUAGAAAGUUUGUUGCAAAAAAUUCUGCCGGAUUAAGAAUUCGUUCGCAUCCGGCUUUACAGUCUGAACAAGUCGGCAUUGUUAAAAUGAAUGGAAUAAUUUCUUUUAUAGAUGAGAUUGAAAAUGAUGAUGGAAUCUGGGUGAGAUUAUCAACUGUCUCAAUUCGCGAACAUUGCAGUACUGGGUGGUAUCCAACGGAAGCCUGGUGCUUACAAUAUAACCAACAUUUAGGAAAGACUUUGUUGUAUCCACUUUUAGAAGAGCAAUCUGUGAAGCCAGCUGUGCCAAAAAAUAAACCAAAAAUAAAUAUGAUCGAUAAUCCCGAAAUUGUUUCAGCUGAACCCUCCCCGAAAAUUUUAACGAAUUCUCCAAUCAAAAAGCUCGUGGAUUCCCCAAAGGGAACACCACAAUCAGCAGAGACCAUAUCUUCAUCGAUGACAAAUCCUUUUUUAUUUUCAUCUUCAAAUAAAUUGUUUGAAUCUGAUAGAUCGGAUGAGCAAUCAGAAAACCAUUUAAAUGAUGAAAUAAACUCUGACCAUCAAACAAAUGUAGAGAACACAAUGUCAACCGCGAAUGAAGCAUUGAGGAAAGUCCAAACAAUGGCUACAUCGCAAGAUGAUAGCAGUAGUAUUCAUAGUUCGAGUCCAUCUUCUAAUUUAGGUUCAGCAAUAGCCGGUGUUGUGGGCGGAGGAGCUAGUAAACUGCAAGCUUUGCAAAAAUGGUUUAAAGGUGACAAUAGCGUAGAUCCUAAAGAAAAUCAAAGAAAGCGAGCUGAAGACGAUCGAAAAGUAUAUGAAGCAUCUGUAUCGGUUAAAGAUUUAGUCCGCGCGAUCGGUGCUCAAGAGUCUAGAAGUAAUGGUAAUAGUGAUGGUGGUCAAUACUCAGCAACGAAUUCUAGCCCUGUACAAGUCCCUACAAUGAAACACAUCAACGAGGGGCAAUCUUUUUGUAGCAGCAGCAGUAAAUCGGUUGAAGAUACAUCUGCUCUUGUUAGCUCCUUAACAAGGGAUUUAAGUCAUUCCCCUAGUCGUAGUAGCACAAAAGAUGACAUCUCAAGUUCUCCAAAAUUUCAAACGGAUACCAAUUCUAGUCAUUCUGAUUUGCAUGCAAUUGCGACAACAGUUUCAAAAUUAAAUUAUUUUCCUUCAACUCCAAAACACACUUCGAAAAAACAUAAGCCCAAGAAACCAAUACCAACUCCAGGGAUCGCUACAAAUAUACAAUCCGAAGCUGUGUCAUCAGAAAAGCCCCUAACUGUAAAUACAAAGUGUACGACCAAUGCACAAAAAGACUUAGAACAACAACAAACAGCAAGCCCAGAUACUUCCAGUGCACCAGUGUGGCCACCGGCAGCACCACACCAAUAUAGUCACUCUAUUAUUACGCCCCUGCCGGUUGGUAAAGAUAAGCCAACAUCAAUGGAUAAUGUUCUAAAGAUGGGACCACCAAAACGAGCAAUGCCACCAUCAUUGGCUGAAAGUUUAAGAGCCAUAUUUGCUGCAAUUUUAUGGCAUGAAGGUAUAGUACAUGACGCUAUGUCUUGCGCUUCGUUUUUGAAAUUCCAUCCUAACUUGCCAAAAGAAGGUGCUUUAGUUGUAACAAGGCGUGAUGCUCACGAUAAUUGCACCACAAAUUUGUCAAAGGAACAAAAAGCACAGCAACGACAUUCCGUUGAAGUAGCUAAUGCCGGUAACUAUCUAAAUAUUAGACCAUCAACUUUAGAAACUUUAACCAAAUCCGGAGUAUCUAGCAUUAAUAAUAGACGUCUUAGAAAGGGUGCAAAUGAUUCAGAAUCUCAGAACAACGAAAAAACAAAACUACAUUCUUUACCUGAAGUUGUAGCUGUUUUGCCUCCAGCGUUAAAAUGUUUAGUAUAUUUGUGGGAGCAAUUAUGUACAAAUUCGGCACAUAUUGUACAAAGUAAUACUUUGGAAAAUCAAAAGACUUCUCCAAAAUAUUAUAGCUCCAAGGAUAAAAUAGAUAAUCACGACAAAGAUAAUAGAAAGUUACGGAAAAAAAAGAAAGAUGAUGCUUCAUGGUGUGAAUUUUGUGAAAUAUUUUUACCAAUACCUGUAACUUAUCAUAUGAGAAUUGUGCAUCCAGGAUGUGGAAAACCUGCCAAAGGUAAAGGUUACAAUUCUGUCGGAAUUUAUUGUGAAGGUUGGGCUGGCAAUUGUGGGGAAGGAGGGAAAGGAGCCUACAGUUGGUUUCUAAUGUGUGAUCAAUGUCGUGAAAAAUAUAUUUCUGUGAAUAAAAAUAUUAACAAUUUAAAUAAUUCAAGCAAUCAAGUUUCAUCCCCAAACGACUUAUUUAAUAAUCGAACAUCAAAUAGUUUUCAUGCUAAUUCAGAAAUUUAUUCAAUGAUGAAAGAGAAUGCGAUGUUUUUACUAGAACUAUCAUCAUCGACAUCACAAAAUUCCAAUCCACUAGUAACACAACAAAAACGUUCACCCGGACAGAUGCCCGUAGUAGCAGAAGGGCAAAUAAAUAUUUUUGCUGAUAUUAAUAAGCCUAGUACUAGUCGAGGUGGUGAAACUUCACAUAGGAAUAGCCGAAUUGGUUUGAAAAUGAAUUCAAAUAAAUUUAAUCCAUUUUCAAGUACACCAAGUAGAAAAAGCUUUCCAAAUUGUAAUUCUCCUGAUUCGAUGUGGUUGGCACCAGAAGUUUUUUCUUGUUUAGAAUCUUUAGGCGCUUCAAUGGCUGAUGAUAUGCCAUAUGAAAUUUUCGGUAUAAAUUCUGGUGAUAAUUUGUUUGAAAGACCAUUAUCUGAAAUAUCAUUUGAUUCAUGUGAUCAGCAUAAUUCUGAAAUAAUGAAAACUUCUGGUUCAGCGCACGGUAGUGGAACAUUAUCAAAAUUUCAUCGAAGUUUCUCAAUGAUACAAGGUUGGUCGAAUCAUUCACCACAAAAGUCUGGUAUGACAGUGUAUCCAGCCAAUUUCGAUGAAAAUUCUGUUACAAAGGUUGUAAUGCGGCGUCGUAAAACUUCAUCUUCGGAAACAGAAAGUUCUUUAAUGUUAUGUUAUCCAUCGGAAAAUUUAAGAAAAUUAGUACCAGAAAAUGUUUUAAGUAGAUCUUUUAUUAUUCCAAAGUAUAAUAAUUCGAUUCCCCCACCACCUCCUCCUCCAGUGUUAGUUGAUAAGGAUUUACUAGAAAAAUCAGAUCAAACCAAUAAUAUUAGUAGCCUCACAAGUAAAGAUUCAACGUUAAGUACCAAAUAUAAAUAUGAAAAAGAUACUUCAACUUCAAAUAAUCCGAAAGAUCACUGUAUUGAUAUGGAACCAAAUCAUAAUUAUUUAUUAAAUCGUCCAACAAUGGCAUUUAUCACACAACAGCACGACUUAGAAAAAUUACGUUAUGUUAUGAAACGAAGUCUUCGAAUUGCUACUUGUAGAAUAUAUUCCUUACAAGCUUUGAAUUGGCUUAUACGAUCUGUAACUCAAACAUGUUGCUUACAUGAUUUAAUGUGGUGGUUUGUUUCAGCUUUAAGUUGUGCAACUUAUGAAGAACAUAUUGAAACAAAUUUCAAAAGUGAUGACAAUGAAAUGGCUCUUGAACACCCAGUAUCCUAUAUUCAAAUGAGCGGAAAAGUUUCUCAGAAUGUUUCGCAAAGUUUACACUCAUUUCUACAAUCAGUUGCCGAUUUAACAUUGUUAUUACCAGCUGGAUCAUCAUUGCAAAGAAUGGCUAUUCAAUGUUUUGGAAUAAAAUUUAAACAGGCUGAUCAUCAGUUUUUGCAUAGCUCACAUGUUUUUGGUAACAUUUCUAAAAUUCUGUCCAAAUCCGAUGAGCAAAAUGAAGCUAUGUUAAUAUCAUCAAUUGUGGCGAUGAGCGAGUCGAAUGGUCAUAUGCUAGACCAAGCGUAUGGGAGUCCUGUUAGUAACGCCGGAGCAAAACUUUUUAAUUAUACUGAUUUAAAUGGAAUGUUUGAGAUAACAGUAUCAUCGAGACAAGCCUUAGCGGAUUCUUUAACCGACAAUUCAACCGAAACCUUCUGGGAAAGUGAUGAGGAAGAUCGAAAUAAAUGUAAAAUUAUUGAAAUUUCGAUGAACAAAAUGAACUACGUUUGUAAAGCGGUCUUUGUCCAUAUUGAUAACAGCCGUGACAUACAGAAUAAAGUUUUAAACGUGGUGUUUUUUGCCGGACAAUCUUUGGGAGACACGAAUUUAAUAAAAACUAUUGACAUAGAUUCCAAAGUAUGCACGUGGAUUUCAGCUAAAAUACCAGAUGAGAGUUUCACUCAUUUUCGGUUAGAACUCAGGGGUCCAGAAAAUACAUUGAGAGUUCGCCAAAUUAAGCUAUUAGGCGUUCCUGCUAGUAUUGAUGACGUUGUUGUGUAUGGGAAACCUAAUCUUAAACUAAGUAAUGCUACUCAAAUACAGCAAAGAAUUUGUGAAGUCGAAACAUUGCGUGUGUUUAGAUUGAUAACAGCUCAGGUAUUUGGUAAACUUAUUUCAACAUCUGAUAAUGUAAAUGAAAAUGUAAAUUGGGCAACUCAAGGAUCAAUGAUGGAAUCUAGUGCAAAUUCAGUAUUAGCGGAUUCCCUAGACCUUAGAGAACAUAUGGUUGGAAUAUUAUUUAGUAGAAGUAAAUUGAGUCAUUUACAAAAACAAGUAAUAGUUCAUAUUGUUCACGCCAUUAAAAAGGAAGCACAACGGGCUAAAGAAGAAUGGGAGAUGUCAAAUGCGACAACCAAUUUUAAAGAUAUUAAUAACGUUGGUGUAGAUCAAAAGAGCGAUUCUAGUGUUGAAAGAUAUCGAUCUCCAGACACUUACUGUUUUGAAAUGCUCAGUAUGGUAUUAGCGCUUUCAGGAAGUGCUGUUGGUCGUUCAUAUUUAUCACACCAACACGGGCUACUCAAAGAUUUGCUAAGUUUAUUACACACUGGAAGUGAUCGUGUCCAGCGUCAAGUUACAGCUUUGUUAAGACGAAUUUUACCAGAAAUUUCUCCAGAAAACUUAGGUGAACUAUUAGGUGUGCAAAAAAUGCCACCAGCUGAUUUUAAUAUCGUCAAUCAAAAUCCAAGUGACUUCGACAUGAACCGGUUAGGUAUUCUGGACAUAUUUUUAGCUGUUAUAGCAAAGUCCAUACAAUUACAAGUUAAAAUUAAAACUUCAACUAAACCAGCAAUGGACAAAUCUCCUGCAUUUGUUAAAUUAUGUAAUUGCAUUGAUUUUUCUGUGCAUACUUUAAAGAAAAAAGAUUUAUCGGAUUUUGUAAUGGACGACAAAAACCAUGUUGAAGCACCGGCUCAUUUCGCUUUUGAUACAGGACCUGUAGUAAAGGGUUUUACUAUGGAUUUAAUUGACUUUGAUAGGAAUCCAAAAAAGCAGUUAAAAGAAGCAGUUUCAAAGAAUUUGAAUCAGAGAUGGUUUUUGAAGGGUGCAAUAUCGAAUAAACAAGCUGAAAGUAUUAUAGCUUUAGUACGAGACAUGACUAGUGGUAAGCUUACAGAGAAAUGGUCUUUAAUAACAAAAGCAGCUAUCGCUGAAUCAGUUUUAAACUUAACGCGUUUAGAUGAAGUUUUUCGAAAUCCGGAAAAUUGUAUAAAAACUUCUACAUUGUGGUUAGCUUUAGCAAGUCUUUGUGUUUUGGACAAGGAGCACGUAGAAAAAUUAUCAUCGGGACAGUGGAGUAAUUCUGAUACAAGACCGUUGUGUUCCAAUCAUGAUGAUGGAGAAACUUCGGCUAUCAUACAAUGCGAAACAUGUGGUUCACUGUGUAGUGAUUGUGAUAGAUUUUUGCACUUAAGUAGAAAAACGAGACAUCAUCGCCGUACUGUAUGCAAAGAAGAGGAAGAAGCGAUUCGAGUUGAAUUACAUGAGUCAUGUGGCAGAACUAAACUGUUUUGGCUUUUAGCUUUAGCAGACAGUAAAACUCUUAAAGGAGUUGUGGAAUUUAGGGAUGGAGCCAAUACUAUUAUAUCGGGACCCCAGGAUACUGUUGGAAGGUGCCGUUUUUGCGGUGUAAUUGGUAACACUGGGCUCUUAGAAAUUGGAAACGUGUGUGCGGACUCCCAAUGUCAAGAGUUAGCUGCUAACUCCUGUCAAAGGAUAAAAAGUUGUGGUCAUUCGUGUGGAGGUGUUAUUGGUGAACAAAAAUGUUUGCCAUGUUUACAACACGUUUGCCAUGAUAGAGAAAACCAGUUAGUUGAAGGAUCAAAAUUGCCAAAAUUAACUCAAGAUGCAGACGAUAUGUGUAUGAUUUGUUUUGUAGAAGCAUUGGCAUGUGCCCCGUCCAUUCAGCUUGAGUGCGGUCAUGUUUUCCAUUAUCACUGUUCUAAAGCUGUUUUAGAAAAAAGAUGGAAUGGACCACGUAUUUCAUUUGGGUUUUCUCUUUGUCCAAUAUGCAAGGCUGAUAUUGAGCACGAUUUAUUAAGUAAUGUCUUGCAACCAAUUAAUAAUCUAAAACAAGAUGUUAAGCGUAAAGCUUUGAUGCGUCUUAAAUAUGAAGGGGUUAUUAAAGAUUCUGAUAAUAAAGACUUAGCCGCAAUGGCAAUGGACCGCUAUGCAUAUUACGUAUGUUUUAAAUGUCAAAAAGCAUAUUAUGGUGGUGAAGCACGAUGUCAUGCUGAAGUUGGAGAUAAAUAUAAUCCGGAAGAACUAGUUUGUGGUGCCUGCAGUGAUGUUGCUCGAGCGCAAAUGUGUCCUAAGCAUGGAACAGAUUUCCUGGAAUAUAAAUGCCGUUAUUGUUGUUCAGUAGCAGUAUUCUUUUGUUUCGGCACAACCCAUUUUUGUGAUACAUGUCAUGACGAUUUUCAACAUUUAACAAAUAUUCCCAAAAACAAACUACCGCAAUGUCCAUGUGGUCCAAAGGCAACGCAGCUUGUCGGUGAUGAAUGCCCCUUACAUGUUGUACAUCCACCAACUGGUGAAGAAUUCGCUUUGGGAUGUGGCAUAUGUAGGAAUGCGCACACUUUUUAAUAUAUAGAAAAUUUGGCUGAAUUCGAUGAUUUAGAAGAGGACGAUGAUAUUAUUGAAAUUGAAUAUUUAGAUUAAUUGUCGAAAAAGGUACUAUAUCAUGGUGAUGGCAACUGAUCUUAUUGCUUGGAUUCAAAAAUUAAAAAAUAUAAUCAAAUAGUAAUAAAUAAAAAGUAGGAUAAAAUUGUAUUCUGAUAUUAUUGCAAAGACAUUAAAAAUUCAUCAUAAUUAGUAAUUUAUUAUCAAUUUUUAAUAUUUAAAUUUCAUACAAAUAACAAAAUAUCACUUAUUAUUAUAAUGUACUUAAAAAAAACACAAAAUACUCUGUAAGCUUUAGUUCUGAAUUAAAUGAGUAAAA